AAACAAACAUUUGUCUUAAAUCUACUUUCAAGAUGAUGCCAAUGAUGCAUUUAAGUACAAGUGACGAAGAUUUGGAAGAAUUGAACGAAUUGUUUGAAGUUCCAAAAAAUGAGAACUUUUGUGAGGAAACUGUGCCCCAAUUCAUCGAUCAACGGUUUUUUGGGAAUUUUAGGAUAAGCAGGGAAGUAGCAACCCAAUUAUCAAACAGAUAUCAAGCUUCGCAAUAUUAUCACUACCAAAAAGGUGACUCUGAAAAAAUUAGCCCUUUUAAAACAGUUGUGGCCAUUUUUUUGGUAUGCAAACAAUGAAGCUGCAAGUUUAAGUGAUGUAUCUGACCGGUUUGGGAUUACUAUUAGCUCUCUUCAUAAAAUUGUGAAGAGAUUUACGUAUUUUUUAUCCAAUUUGUCUGCGGAAUUUAUAAAAUGGCCAACUAACGAAGAGAAAAUUCAAAUUGAAAGCCACUUUAGGCAAGGCGAAUUUCCUGGCAUUAUUGGCGUCAUUGACGGUAUACACAUUGGAAUUGACAAGCCACAGGAUGAUCCAGAUUCAUACCUUAACAGGAAGCACUGUUUUUCGAUCCAGGGAUAUAUUGGUCGGAUACCCAGGAGCCGUUCAUGACAGUCGAGUGUUUCGGACAUCACCAUUAUUUGGAACACUUCAAGAAAAAUGUGGAAACCACUUUAUUAUUGGAGACAGUGGUUACCCUUGUUUACAAUAUUGCCUAACUCCAUUUCAAGAUAGAGGUAAUUUGACUCGUCGCCAAAGAAAUUACAAUUAUCUUCUAUUUCCACCAGCACCAGAAGCACAGAAUGAAGUAAUUGCUGGACAAGUAGGGCGAGAUGCAGGAAAUGAAAAUCAGGAUGUACAAACUGGGAUAACAAAAAGAAAUGAAGUAAUGAAUAGCUUAAAUUUCGUAAUUUAGUAUGUAAUGUGUAUGUAUGUUUAACAAAAG